AUGUCUCAUCCAUUUCUUGAUGCAGGAUUAGGUGCUCUCGGUGGUUAUGAGAUCGGCCGUCACACUGGUAUUGGCAAUCCACUCAUCGAUGCUGGACUAGGUGCCUUCGCUGGCUAUGAAAUUGGAAAUCAAUUUGGUGGUGGAUAUGGCGGAGGGUUUGGUAAUGGUGGUUUUGGCGGAGGUUUUGUAACAAAGCGUGAGAUCGUCAAUGAAGCUGAAAUUCAAAAAUCAGCUGAUCAAUUUGUUUCUGAAGUUAAAUCAUUGUUACCUUAUUAUAAUGAAGAUUUCGUAUUGAAUACAGAUCAAGCAGUACUUGAGGGUGAGUUUCCCUCAGCUCGAACUCUCUCAUAUCAAGGAGAAAAGACGACACUUACCACCGUACGUUCAGUAAAUGCAACUACUCAUAGCUAUACGGUUCGACCAAAGAUCACCAUGAGUAGUAAGAUCUUCGACCUUGUUUAUAUAUGUCUCAAAGAAGUAAAUGGUCGAAUGGGCGAUAAUAUUAAAGGAAAUCUUCCGCAGUUGAAGAAUGUUGUUGUUACCUGCAGCGCAUCAAGUAAAUUAACUAUCUCAUUAGUUGAAUAUUGGCGUAAUGAGUGCCUUAUCCCAUCACUGACAUCACAGCCUGUAUUACUUCUUUCUGAUAGUUGGCCUGGACAGGCAUAUGGAAAAUGA